AUGGACUAUUCCAGUAUUCUUUCUAAGCCCAAGUCAUUCUUUGGUAAACAGAAAGUCUGGAUGGCUCGCGGCGAAGACCUUGCUCUUUUCAAUACGCAUCGGCCCAAUAUCCAGAACCUUCUUAGACAUUCCUGUAUCCCAGAGUCUAGCCAUAACCUCUGGAUCGGUCUUUAUCGAGUUGGGGUCACGGAGGACGAAGCAAAGACAUUCGUCGUUGUUUCAUGCACCGAUCGCAGAAUCCGAAAGCUUACGCGCGAUAUCCUCAGCAGCUGCCCUAUUUUUCAGCCAGGUCAAGCCCUCGACCGAUUCAAAGUCAUCAGCAAAGCAACACUUCCAGAGACAGCUUGCGAGCCUCAGCAGACCAUGCAAGAUGACCGGGAGCUGGAAUAUGAACAGGGACUACGAAAGGGAGACAAGGCAAAGAGCAUUGCCAAAGACGAAUACAAAACUAUUCGCAUAUCCCCGUCCAUCACGGGCGAUAGUUAUCUGUGUCGUCAAAUACAAGCACGCCAUGUGUCUGGAAAAGGAGAAGUGCGGUUUCAAACAGCCACGGCCGGGCCACUGAUCAGCCUCGAUGGCCGCACCUAUCAGCUCACUGUGGCGCACGUUGUCAACUUUGAGGAGAAAGAUAUUUAUAAUGUCACUGAACGUACAACGGAUGACUGGGACGACUGGGAUGACGAAAGCGGUGAUGAUACUGACGGUAGUUGUUCCGUAGACGAAGAUAUUGCAACUUGGGACAUCUCAACGGACGACGACAGUACACCAAUGUCAGACGUCUCCGACGAUGAAGCUCCCGGAUCUUCAUCAAGUAAUUCAGCCUCAGAGGUUGCUACUCAACAAAACGAAAGUGGAACAGCCAUUACAGGAGCAACUUCCCCCGACGAAGAAGCCAUAGACACAUCAGUUGAUUCCUCUGCUUCACCACAUAUCCAUAAUUCAGAACGUCCAGUCCUUGAAGAAUUUCUCAUUGAUCAUGCCUCCCCAUAUUUGGGCUUUGCACCCGGAUCAGAGAAUUGCCAAAUAUCGAGAGAAAUGGACUUUCUUCUCAUUCCCACAAACGUAGAUCUUCCGGCAGGGGUCUCUGAGUCCAAGAUUGCAGAGCUAGUACAGAUAUCUGAAGCCUUCGACUUACAAGGCAUAACAGAGCCUCGACCGAUUAUCAUUGCUACAUCGUCACUCGGGUACAUGGAAGGCGUGGUAUUCCCAGCACCGUCACUGUUGCGACCUCCAGGCUCAAAAGACUUUCAAACACUAUAUUGCAUCGAGUCUGAAAAGGCUAUGCAGAAGGGAACUUCUGGCUCGGCCGUUUUUGAUAAGCGGACUGGCCUGCUCGCUGGAUAUAUCGUGCUUGGAUGUCCUAAAAAGAACUUGUGGUAUAUGGCUCCAAUCUUGGACGUCUUAUAUGAACUUGAAGUCCGAUUUCGCCAGAAGGGGAAAUGCCAGAUACGGCUCGAUAUGGAUGCAGCUAUCAGGCUGAGCGACCAAGGACAUUCUCUCGACACAAAUUGGGCCAGCCUUUGCAAAAUGCUUGAGACGAGCCCAGACAUUAUCCCCUCACGGAGGAACCAGGGAAUCCAACCCAAAAGUGCAUCGAAAGACGCCAAACCCAGUCAAUGGUGGAUGAUUAAUAAAUCAAUGACAAGUAUCUUCAAGACCUUCCAAAGAGAAGGACCAUUAUCUACCUAUCACAGUCCUAAGAUCUCGCUCCCGCCUGAUGAGUGGCGAAGUCUAUUUGGCCACAAUCCUAAUUCACCGGAGGGCGAUAGACAGCUCUUUUCAAGAUUCAAAACACUUGAGAGGGGGCUCCUAGGAGCCAUGGUCUUCUUGUUCUUAUAUCCAGAAGCCACCCUUGGGGAGCACCAGAUAACGAAAAAUUUACCCAUCCGUGGCACUUCAUCUAAGACAACCAGAGAAUCCCAGGUUUUCGAAUUCUGCAGUAAGGAAGAUGCGCCGCAGCCUAACAUACGGUUUGGGGAACUAUUUACUGAAGCUAAAGAGUCUGAUGGACGCAAGUUCAUGGAUUGGCUGAAGGAGAAGAGGUCGCCUGACAGUCACGAUACUACAACUUACACACCGCAUUGCAUCAAUAUGUGGGACAUUGACCCUAGCAGAGCCAUGGAACGACACGAAAUUGUAUCAUCCCCUCAAGUGAGAGAAUUCCAGGAAUUUCUCUCCAACCUCAUCGGCAAAAAGUCAAGCCCUAUGAUAUUCUUGACCCAAGGUACUUGGUCUGGAUGCAUCUUUCAAAUAGUAUUCAGUUUGCCGUUUAUGGCUAUUGCAAGUCAGGAUGUAUUCGGCAAGACACCCAUCACUGGGCAAGCUGAUUCACGAUUCAACGUCAGCCUUUCUUUCCUCUACCAGCAGCAACACAUUUGCAAGGGUCAAAGCGGAAAAGGAGCUUCCCAGCCACUCAAAACCUGCUUAUACCAGACAACAUGGUCUACAAUCGUGACUGGCACAAGUGAACGAUACUGGACAGCGGCAUGCCUGAGUGACGGCUCCGAAGAACCGCCAAUUGGUAGUGAGUCCUGGAAUGAUGCUAUAAUUCUGAGUAGCGGCUCAGGGAACCACACAAGCGAUAUGAAGAGAACUAUGUCGCCUCGAGCAUAUGCUCUCGGUGCACUAGCCAUGCAAUUGGAGAAGAUUGCCGAAUAUCAUCGCCACAUCCAGCUGACUCUUGACGCCAAUUUCAACCUUUUUGAGGACAAAAUGAAUCUUCCAUCCAACGAAUUAUUGCUAAUACAUAACCAAUACUGGAUAAAGCAUUUCUCAGAUAUUCUCAAACACUUUCUGGUCACGAACUCUGGGGUCUUAGAGAGAUAUGAAGCCUUCCUAUUCAAUGAGUUACACGAUCCGUCAGAUGGUGCGUUGAGUCAUCCUCUAUGGAGAAGUUUCUACCAAGAACAUGGAGCUCCUGAGUCGACACAGCGGAUUCGAAAGAGUCUCGAAAUACUUCGAGAUAUCCAGAGCCAUCUCGAUUACCUUGAUUCUAAAGUAAAGAAACUGGCGACAAACCAAGAUCAGUCACGUAUAUAUACAGAGGAUACUCUAAGAUUCGCAAUAACCGCAUCUGUUAUGGGACUCAUGAAUCUAAGCUGUCAAGUCAUUCUCAGCUUGCCAGCAAAUGAAUUUUCAUUUUAUGAAUUUCUCAUUUCAUCGUUCCUAGUUGUUGUAAUACCCUUUUUUAUUUCCAAGAUUUCGAGGCAUAUAAUGCCUGUAUCACCAUCGAUUUUCCUUAUACUUCUUAUGUCUUCCCCUUUACCACGGCAACUCAGUAGUGUCAUUACGCGGAGGCUUGUUAAGAUUCCAGCUUAG